GGCGCUCGGAUAGCCCGCUCCGCUCCCGACCCGAGCAUGCACGAUGCCCGUAUCUGCGGCCAUCCCCCAGUCCUCCCCCUGCAUCAUUCUUAUCAGUGCUCAAUGUGAUCGUUUUAAAUUAAGUGUCGUUAGUUGUUAAUCUCGUUGCCUUAUUUAUGUGUGUAGUUAAUUAUGGCUUGUGCGAAUAAGUCGGAGUACGACCAGAUUUGUCGAUUGUGCACCUCGAGUUUGGGGCAGGGGCCUUAUCACAUUUUCGACGAUGAUUUCUCCGAUCAACUCCUGCGGAAGAUUGAGGAUUGUUUGCCGAUCAAGGUAUCUGAAGAAGAUGAUUUACCAAAAUCUGUUUGUGGUGAAUGUUACUUGAAAUUAGAUGACUUUUACAACUUCCGUGAAUCUUGUCGAAAAACUGCCAAAUUAUUUGCCAAAACAGAGGUUCCGGCAUUGUUACUUAAGGUACCAGAGGUGCAAGAAAAACGUUUUGGAAACAAAUCUGCCAAUGAAAGGAGUAUCCAGGGGGAGUGCAGGGAUGAAAAAGAUGGCCAGCUCGUCAUCUGCGAGCCAGAAGAAAGCCAGCAUGCCAAUGGCGACACCAUCGCUGACACGGCAUCUGACGAAGAUGAUGAAGAAUCAUUGCAUGAAAGAUCGAAAAAAUUGCCUGAAUUGGGAGAGCCCUGCUCAGAAGAUUACGUCCUAAUGAAAGAAGAAACAUUUGACCUAGAUGUGAAAGAUACCAAAGCUGGAGGAUCAAAUGUUCUUGCUGAUUACCUAGUAGAAUUCAACCAUAAUAGUCAUGACCGGGAGCAUGAUCAUGAAAAAGAGCGUGAACGGGAACUCAUGAAAGAUAAGGAUAUUUUUGAGACGCAAAAGCUGAGGAAAGAAGUGUUACCUCCAAUGUGGGAUGUCUAUGAGAAGACAGUCAGCAACAAGGAAAAUGACGGAAAACUCUACGAUGGUGUUAUCAAAAUUACCCACAGGCGCUACAUUGUUAGUAAAGGGGCAUUUCCAUGUUCACUUUGUGGUGAGUGUUUUGAAUUUGACCAAGGCCGAGGCCGUGAUGACUCUGAAGAAAAAGCACGUCUUUUUGAUUGCCAUGUUUGUGGGAAGCUGUUCCCGCGUCGCAGUUCCUGGAAACGACACUUAAGCACGCAUGAAGACAUGAAACCGUACUUAUGCCGCAUCUGUGGUCAUGGCUUCAAUCGCCGCGAGCACCUCUCAAGACAUCUUCUCUCCCACACCAAUACAAAACCGUUCAACUGUACUGCUUGUGGUAAACUUUUUACCCGUAAAGAGCAUUUGGCAAGACACCAUCUGUGCAGUCCAACCUGCGUCUCUGCAGACAUGAAGGAACAGCUGCGUCCGUUCUGUUGCGAAGUUUGUGGCCACGGGUUUGUGCGAAAGGAGCACCUUUUGCGUCAUAGAAAGAAAAAUCAUGAUCUGGACCCCCCUGAAACUGCCGAACCUAAACCAUUCGCCUGUGAUGUCUGCCAUAAGAACUUCACACGCAAAGAGCACUUGAGAAGACAUCAAAUCAUCCACACCCGAGAACUCCUCCUAAAUUCUUCACCGUUCGAUCUUUCACUCAUGGCAAGUGAAAAACCCUUCAAUUCUGAGGUAUCCAUGUUUUCUGUUGAUCGUAGCCGGAAUAACUCCCUUGAGCCUGCCGAGGCUUUGUUGGAAGGGCAGGAAAGUGAAAAAGCCAUGGAUCUUUCGAAAGAGGAAGAAAGCGAUUGUGAAGAGGAUGAAGACACUUUUGUUCCACCUGCACCACAAGUCUCCUUGGAAAUCAAAGAAGCCUCUACACCUGUAGUCCCACCCAUGCCAUCAAUUUUGUCCAUUCCAAGUCCAUCAAGACCCAGACUUAAAGCGAAAACUUUAUGUGAUAUCUGCAACAAAAACUUCUCUCGUCGCAGUCAUUUGCUUCGACAUUUGAAGCGGAUUCAUCAUGUCAGCCUUCCAACCCGCAUGCGGCGAAAGCGAGAGCCUCAGCCUGGCGAUGAAAAUGGAAACUCCUUGCCAAGUGAAGACAGUACCCCGCAGAACUGUGAGAUUUGUGGGCGGACAUUCGCUCGUCGCCAUUUGCUCGAACGCCAUCGUGAAGUGAUGCACCCGAGUGAAGCGGCCCGCUAUGAGUGCGUUACUUGUGGACAGAAGUUUGUUGAAAGCCAUCUCCUGGAUGCUCAUAUGGCCAUCCAUGGCAACACCAUUUGUGAUAACUUCCUUUGGAUGAUGUGACCUAACCGCUCGCCUGUCAUAGUCUCAAUUCCGAGCUUCGGCCAUCCUGAUCUUUCCUCAAAAUGAUCUACUCUAGCUUGUGAUCUUAGGUUCAGAAUAUGUGCCAACUUGAAGGGCUUUUUUCGCGGAUGAUAACCUAAUGUCAUCAACUUACUCAUAGAGGUGAAUCAUGUAAUGCAUGACCUAAAUAUCAACUAAGAUUCAGUUGUUGGAGACAGGCCUGACUUAAAGCUUGUGUUAGAUAAUUGGUGUCAGAAUUCAUAAAAAAAAGUAGGCAGAAAGGAAAAAAAAACUUGUAUAAUAUUUUUCAUGUGUUACAUUAUCUGUUCUUUUAUCUCUUGUAAGUUAAAAUUCUGAUGUUAGGUUGACUGAAGCUGAUAAAAGCCCUUAAUGAUUGCAACAAAUCUCAUGUGAGGACCAUUGCCCCUUUUCCAACAUAGCAUGUAAGUUGUUUCUCUUAGAUAAUAAUUCCUUUACAUUGGAGUUGUCAAUGUAAACUUACUUACCCCAAUUCUCUAGAAUAUUUUUUGUUAUUUAGAAAAUUUUCAAUGGACGUUUUUAUUUUUUGUUUUGGAAGACACGAAAAAUCCCAUUGGCUAUUUAAUCUGGAUCACGAAGAUUAUUCAUCUGUCUGGAAACAGUGAUGAAGGAACACUUUUAUUUUUAUAAAAAUGCAUAGCGCAUAGUCGCUCUUGAUAGGCUUGGAAGGCAAAAAUCAAAAUUAUGACCUUUGUAAUUUUCGCUAAACCAAUCCAAGUGUUAUUGCAGAAUGAUCUAAUCUUAAACUGCGACUUUUAGGUUUAAUUUGAUUAAUUUAUUUAUUUUUCUAAUUUAUUAAGAGUUAAGGCACUACAUUUUCUCUUUUAGUCUUCUCACUUUCUAAUGGGACCAAUAAUUCCAAUGGUACUCUCUGUACCAUAAAAUUGCCUGUAAGACUUAUUUUUCGUUAAUUUAACAUUCCUCCCAUUACAUUCCAUUUUCUGCCCUCAAAGUUUUUCUUCCAUUUUUCGUUUAUCUUAAAUUUAUGACCAAUGUUUUUGCCUAUCUCUAUACCGUUCAGGGUAACACUUCAAAUGAUUGUUUUCUUACAGUUGUACAUCCUGGAUUCGAGACAUUCAAGUAUUCAUCAUCAUCAAUGAUUCCUCAAACUGCACUGACACUGUGUUAGAUUUGACUUGGGUUCUCUUUCUUUCUUUUCCAUGUCCCAGGUUGUAUUUUGAAAAUUUGUCGCAUGGAAGUUUCUUUGAAUAUGAGAAACAUUUCUCAAUGAUCCUCUGUAAAUUACCUCACUUCAAUCAGUGAAUUUUUGACAUAAGUUCACUUUAUUCUUAAAAUAUUUCUCUUCUUAUAUGAUAAGUUACCUUCAAGUCCAAAAGUUAUCUUGCCAGUCAUCACUACUGUAAGUUAUGCAUUCGUGCAGAAAAAGUUAACCAUUUUUUGUUGUCUCAUUUUAUUAUUUUUAAGACUUAUCAUUUGGUUUUGUUUCAGCGAUUUUAUUUGUUUUGAAGUCCCGUUAUUUACUUUUUUAAAGUUUGUAUAAUUUUUCCUAUGUAUAUAAAAUAAUGAUCAGUUCCAGGAAAACUAACAUGUAUCAGAGCCUGUACUAAAGCGUAUUUUCGUUGAUGAUUGGUCGAGCCAAAAUGGGUGGAUCACAAGAUGUUGUGUUUUAUUUUGACGCGAUCAUAAUUUUUAAGACCAACAUCGGGACUCACCAGAGAGAUAGAAGGUGAAAUUCUUGCAAACGUUGGAGCCAAAAUAUAAUCCUAAAAAAAGUACGGCUUAGAAAUGACCUGAUGAAGAUGAUGGCAUCCGAUCAGCAUCAAUUUUGAAAGUCUAACUUCAAAUGUUUACCCAUCCGAUUAUGAUCUUGCCGCCAUUAUCGCGGCAUUUUGGCUUGACCGAUCAUCAUCGAAAAUACGCUUCUAGCAUCAAAAUUUUAGUUUUGAAUCAUGCCAUUGCAAUAGUAAAAUUAUAUUCAUCCUCUGCUUGCAUAGCCCUAUAAUUUUACAAUUAAUCCUUCAGAAUCCGUCUUGAGGAAGGAAAUUAAUGCAUAUACAAAAUCAUACCAGAAAUUACCCCAGAAUUUGCACUGGUUGUCUGGUAAUUGUGCUAUAUUUGUAAUUUUUUUCUUAAAAAAAAAAAAAAAGAAUAUGCCACCAUCAAUACUCUCAGUUCAUGUAGUGUUGUAAAUUUCAGUCUUUGCCCGGGAGUUAUAAGACGUUCUUCACUCGAACUUUGGUUUGAAUCAAUUUAGUUUUUUGGUGUAGGUGCUGUUGAUCUGCCAUGGAAAGAUUCUUUCAUAGUAUUUUUACCGGAAUUUGUGAUUUCUGUAACCUCCCAAAAGUUUGUUAUCCACACUGUUAAUGUUUGACUGUUGGGUUUAUUCAGUCGUUUUGUUACAUAGAUUUUUUAUUUUACCUCAGAAUUGUGCCUGCCCAGCAUGUUGGGCAAAUACAUAGCUAUUAAUACACUAUUUUUCCCUCAAUGGUUUUAAGUGAGGAUUUCCGAAAUUUGCAAGUCAGUAAGUCUUAUGAUCUAGGACCAAAAGCACCGAAAGUCUAAUCAGAUAUUUUGACGUAGAUUUUUAAACAUGUAGACUGAAGAAUGAACAUAUUUUUUUCACUUUUAUUGACUUUUAAUAGUUUCCAUUGAAUAUUUUUGGAUUUUGGCUUAAUUAAGUCAUAGCAUAGCAAUGAAUACCAUUAUUCAAUGUAGUCCGACAAUUAAUUUGAACCCUGUAUGUUCUAUGUGAAGAACGAAAUGCUGUCUCUUCAUACUCAUCUUGAACUUUAGAUAAAAUUGAGCUGUUCAGAAGACCAACUGUUGUCACACCCGAAUGGAAUUCCUUGAAGUAUGUCUCAAAUUCAACGGAAUCUUCAAGUCUUUGUUAUGUCGAGAUCUGCCAUAUCUAAAUUGUAGUACUCAGCUAUUCUCUGACUUAUUUCCUCUCAUUGUUAUUGAGAGAAGCGGUCAUGGUCAGUAUUAAGUCUCCUUUUUAACUACUGGAAAUAAACAUCCUCUCAGAAAUGAAGUACCCCACUGAGAAAUUCAGUUUUAUUGUUCGAGCCAGGAACAAUUGAAAAUAGUAAUCAAACCUGCAGAUUUUGAAUGUUUGUAAACGAAGCUCGCAAUUUAAUUUAUUGAUCUGCAGAUGUGUCAUAAUAAUUGGUUGUAAAUUGCAGCUAAAAAAUCAAAUAACCAUUGAGUUAGGGCUGAAAUGUGAUGCGGCUUUUGACGCAUAACAUUUUCUGGUUGCGUCCUAACUGAGCCAUUUUUCUUUUGAAUUGCAUGUGUUCACUUGAAGCUAGAUUCUUGAGUGUCUGAAUACCCAACACAUUUUGAAUUGUAUUAUAUUUUCUGACCGCUAUUACGUGAAGAUCUGAAAAUUGUAUUAUCCUUUAAUCUUGUGUUUUUACCAGUUUCCAUAUUACGUUGGUUAGCUCUGCAUUAGUGAUUUAGGUCGCCCCCAUGGAUUUUUUUUUUUUUUUUUUUUUUUUUUUUUUUUUUUUUUUUUUACACAUAGGUUUCAUGAAAGCAAAUGUUUAUUUUUAUCGGGUGAAUGUAAAUUUCUAGAUCUUUGGUCAUGCAACUUUUUAUUGUUGGUACUUCCAGUUUUGAUGCAACCAAUCGGUUCUAUGUUUCUGCUUAAAGAUGAUUCUUAGAGUAUAUUUUUGGAGAGUAUUUGUCACAGUGUAGGCACGGAGGCCUUACUUUAAAUAUUAUUAGUAUGUCUAGUGUUAGAAUUAGGGGCCUUGUGUAAUAUUGAGCUGCGGUUGGUAAGAAAUAUUUGUUAAAACCAGGCCUUAGGUCAGAUGCCUUAUCCGUUCCUACUUAAGUUUCAUUUUAUACCUUUCUAAAUUUUUCCCGUUCAAUCCAUCCAGUCUUAAUUAUUCCUGAAUGUGCUGUCAUUCAUUGGAUGGACCUGAAAAGUUUCUUUCUGUUUUUUGUUUUUGUUUUUUCUUUCCAACAGAAAAUGAAAAAAAAACUGCAUUAAAAUCAAUGGUAGAGUCUUCAAGUCUCAUGAUUCUUCCGUUACAUCAAUCAUGCCUUCAAAUUAGAAUACUGCCCCUUUAAUGUACAUAAUACAUCGAGACCAUUUUUUGUUUUGCUUGAAAGUACAGUCAAUUUUAAAUUAGUGUUGAAAUAUCAUAACUUAUGUACCACCUGAUGUACCUUCAAAUUUUUUUUCUUUGGAAAAUUUGUCAAUUCUCAUCAGAUUCUAGUAUAUUCUUGUGUAAAAUAUCAUUCAGUGAAGCAAAAUGUGUUUUCUAAAAUAUGUACAACAUAUCUUUAAAUUGCUGGAUCAUAAAUUUCUCAUCUGCCUAUAUGUUUUAUCAUUUGUUAUUUAUUGAACAUGGCAAUGGCCAACGACCAGAUUUUCUAUUUUCAGACGAGACCCUUCAGGCGUGUGUACGCAAUAGAUACUUAAUGUUUCGCUUGAAAUUUAUCCCUUGCACUAGAAAGAGCUAACACAAUACUUUUUCUCAGCAUUUUUCAAGAACUGAGAAAUUCUCAGCUGAUCUUUUUUAAUUAGUAAUACUACACCCUUCUUACAAUAAGUAUCUGAACUAUGUUAUCUACACUGCUGUAAGGUAUCAGGGGAGUUUCUCUGUAAAAAUCCAUUUAAGUGCAGAAUGGGCCGACAAAAUCUCCUAACCAUGCCUUUAUCGCGCCUUAUGCCUUAUUGUGUGUCAGAUUAAAAGAUUGUAUUGUUUGCGAUGUGAUAGUCUAAUCAAGUGGGAGGGUGAUAUUUUUGUAACAGUUACCGCGAACAAACCUUGUAGAUAUGCGCUAACCUGCUGCUCCUUCCUUAUGUUGCUUAUCCUGAAAAUUUAGUGUUUUUUUUGUCGAUCAACUUUUCUUUCAUGAGCUGGUUUCCUAAGUGUGAAAAUAUAUGCCUGUUUUCUUCCGCCUCAAGAGAGUAAUUUCACCAUACAACUAAUGAUAGAUUUUUGAAACCAUACCAUUCUUAAAAAUUAUCAUAGCUCAUGUGAAAGAAAAUAUUCUCACCAUUAGUUGUUUUCGUUUUGAGAGUGAUUGUAGAUAUUUUGGUAUUAGAACUUAAAAUUACAUUCCGUUAAACAAAUUGGCAAAGCUUAACCAUGAAAGGGUCUGAAUUCUGUACCACAAUGUGUUAAUUCUCCUGAAAACCAAGGGUUACCAAACUUAAAAAUCUCUAAUUGACUUUGAUCAAAUAGAUUAAAGAAUGUGUUCUGUAUUUUUGUUAGCUGAAAGUGUUACGCUUCCAUAAUGUUUCAAUUCUAUCCUCGUUUGUUAAAGGUCUAUUUUUGGCAUAGUUUCUUUUCCCUUGAUCUCUGCUCUUUUUUCGAUUCCAUUGAUUCAGUGUUUUUUUUUCUUUACUUGUGUAAAUUUGACUGUUUAAUACAGUAGAUGCAGUUUAUAAAUUAUUUUAUCAAAUCACUUUGUAUUUGAUUAGCCUUGCCGAAAAGAGAUUGCGCAUCCUUGUGAGUUACUGAAAUAACUGUGCAUUGUAUUACAUUGUAUUUGAAUCUUCUCUAACUUUUCUUGUCUGCAGAUUUUUUUUUAAAUGAGAAUAAAAAAAGUCAUCUCCUUCACUGAAGCAAAGGAAGUGAGUGUAGGUUAUCAAAAGAAAGCCUCACUAGGCAAAAAUAUGUAAGAGGAAAAAGUUUCAAAAUGUCAGAAAUAUUAACCUCCAAGCAUAGAACGUAGAAAAUUUCAGUACUGAAACAGUAGGGUGUGCACUCAGUUUCAUUGAGUGAAAAGAGAUAAUCGGGAGAAGGGCUCAUAGAAAUUUUUUUUGCUCAGAAUGGACCGCAACAGGCAAUUGAGUCCGAUUCUAAAAUAUGUAUGUUAAAUAAUCUUGGAAAAAAUAUAAUCUUAAAUGAAUGCUACUUUAUUUUAUGAGAAUUUAUAUUGGAAGAAUAUUGUAUGAGAACUGUAAGCAGUAUUGAUGAGAACUGUAACUGUAGCAGUUCAGAGUGACAUGUACAUAAAGAAAUUAGGUUGGAAACAUUAAUUGAAAAAUCGAUUUUGCUAGUUAAACAUUAUUGCUUUGAAGUGUGCCAUGGUGGAAAAAAGUUAUUACUUACUUCAUUUUAGGAAGGUUCUAUCCGUUUUUUCUCGCAAUUUUAUUUAUAAUGGAAAAUUAGCAAAAUUAAUUGUAAUUUCCAGUGGUCUCUACACGGCAUAUCA